AUGGAAAGUAGUGAUGCUCUUGAUUCAAUUGAGAGCUUCAUUGAAAAAAUAGAUGUAUAUGUUUCAAAAAUUGAAAUGCAAUCGGAAAAACUAGUUUCUGUAAUAUCCGAGUCUGAACCGGAAAAUACAGAGUUUUUACAAACGAUUGCUGAAGAGAAUGAAACAUUAUAUUCAGAAGCAAUUGAUUGUCAAAUGCAUCUGAAAAGAAUUAAAGAAAGGCUUCGAAAAGAGGAAGAAAAACCAAAUGUUUCCUCUGAAUAUAAAGAAAUGAUUGAUUUGCAACAUGAGUUUCAAAAUCUUGUUGUGUCACAAAUGAAGCAACAAGAGAAUCAAAUGACGUUGCAACAAGCUUUUUUUGAACGUCAGGAAAAGAAAGAUUCUGAUAAAACAAUGAACGUUAAAUUACCAAAGUUAGACAUGUGUUCAUUCAAUGGCGAUAAGUUGAAGUGGUGUGAAUUUUGGGAUACAUUUAAUACCACAGUUCACAGUAACAAAGAUAUUUACGAUAUUCAAAAGUUCAAUUAUCUACGAAGCAAACUAUAUGGAGAAGCUAGAAGUGCAAUAUCAGGUUUAGAGCUUUCUGGUGACAAUUACCAUGUUGCUAUCAAAUUAUUACGGGAAAGAUAUGGAAAUGCACAGGAAGUUAUAGAUUUGCACUAUAACAAAUUGAUAAAUAUUCAAAGUGCAUCCAAUAAUGUGCAUAGUCUUAGGUGUUUUGUUGAUCAAAUCGAAAAACAUCUUCGUAGUUUAGAGGCAUUAAGACAAGAUAUCAAUCAAGAUGUGUUUAUUGCUAUGAUAAGAGCAAAACUACCAGAAAACGUGCUGUUACAUCUUGAGAUGUCUAACGGAUCUAAGAAAGAAUGGACUUUAGCAACAUUACGUGAUAGAUUAAAUGAUUAUAUCGUGGCCCGUGAGAGAUCUGAAAAGAAAAGUUGUAGUGUAGAACAUAAGUUAAAACCAUAUAGUUUACAAAGAAAUGUUCGUGAUAACGUUCAAAGAUACCCACAGGGGAUGAUAUCAAGUCUUAGCCCGAGAGGACCUUAUAAUAGUUUUGGUCCUAGGGAACAUUCUACUAGUUACGGUCCCAAAGGACCUACACCUAGAAGAGAUUUCAAUGGCGAAAACAAUAAAAUAACUUCCGGUGAAGCUCUCAUGGCUGAUAAUAGAAAUACAAAAGGCUCUGUGAACACUAAUACUGUUCGUAAAGAUUAUUCUACAUUAUGUAGAUAUUGCGAAAAGGGGCAUUGGAGUGAUGAAUGCCCUAAGUACCGAUCUAUAGAAGAAAGAAAAAGAAUGCUGAAAAAUAGUUGUUUCAAUUGCCUUAAAUUCGGGCAUAAAUCAACCGAAUGUAAACGAGGAAAAAUUUGUGCACAUUGUGGUGACAGAAAUAGUCAUCACAGAAGCUUGUGCCCAACUAAAUUCAAAGCUUCAAAUACAAGUUCACAUCUAUCAAGAGAAGUGAUCAAUGAACAAUGCAAUAAUAAAAACGCUACUGAAACAUCACAAGAAGUACGUAUUUUACCAGAAAUUGGAAUGGUUUCAUCUGAUAAGAUGAUACUUAUGCAAACAGUGACAACAACUGUAAAUAAUCCAAAAAAUGGUAAAAAGCAAGAAAUACGAAUACUUCUUGAUUCAGGGUCACAGCGUUCAUAUGUAUCUGAAGCAUUGGCAAAACGACUGGAUUUGAAAGCAGAAGGUACAGAAGAGAUAAAUGUUAUGACCUUUGGUACUAAUAAAUCAAAACAUAUAACAACAAAGUUAUCGUCCAUAACUCUUAUGUUGAAAAGUGAUAAACAGCUUGAUAUGUCUGUGAACAUAGUGCCUGUUAUCAGUGGCACAAUUCAAAGAAAACCUAUCGGUCAGCUUUCAGAAAAUGCACAUCAUAUUCUGAAAACUGUUGAUCUAGCUGACACAAUUGCAAGUGAAAAUGAAUCAUGUGAAAUCGAAAUGCUAAUAGGAAAUGACUACUACUUAGAUAUAGUAUUGUGUCAGAAAUUAGAGAUUCAACCUGGAUUAUAUUUACUAAGUUCAAAAUGUGGUUGGAUAUUAAGUGGACGUACAAAGAAUGAUCACGAUGAAGAAAGUAAAGAAAUCAAUAUGUUGAUAUUUACUCAAGGAAAUAUCUCAGCAAAUACAAAUACUUUCACAAGUGUUGAUAGUUCGAUACCCAUUAAACCAAAUUUAGAAGAUUUCUGGAAUAUCGAGUCGAUUGGUAUCCUUGACAAUCCUGAUAUUUCUAAUGAUGAAAAUGCCAUGAGGCAUUUUAAAGACACAUUAAGUUUUAAUGAUGGUCGAUAUCAAGUGGCAUGGCCAUGGAAAGAUGAAGAACCAAUUCUUCCAGUCAAUCGUGAAUUAGCAUAUGGUAGACUUAAAUCUGUUCUAUCCAAAUUGCAACGAAAACCUGAAAUGAUGAAACUGUAUGAUAAUGUGAUCGAAGACCAAAAACAAAAAGGAAUAAUUGAAAAGGUAGAUAACAAAACUAGAGAAAAUGGUCUCGUCCAUUAUAUUCCCCAUCAUGCAGUUGUAACACCAUCUAAAUCAACAACUAAAUUACGCAUUGUGUAUGAUGCGUCUGCCAAAACAAAACAAAGUGACAAAAGUUUAAAUGAAAACUUGUAUAGAGGACCUGUUAUGUUACACAACCUCUGUGGAAUGCUUAUGAGGUUUCGACUUCAUAAGAUAGCUAUUGUCGCUGACAUAGAGAAAGCGUUUUUACAAAUAGGCCUUCAGCCUAAUGAUAGGGAUGUAACUCGCUUCUUGUGGGUUAAGGAUUUCAAUAAACCCAUUUUUGAAAAAAGUAACAUAAUAGAAUAUAGAUUCUGUAGAGUGCCGUUUGGAGUCAUAUCAUCACCAUUUUUGCUUGGUGCUACAAUAGAAAGUCAUCUUGAAUCAAACGGUAGUGAAACAGCACAAAAACUGAAAAACGACAUUUAUGUCGACAAUUUAGUUACUGGAACAAACUCGAAAUCAGAAGCUAUGCAACUUUAUAAAGAUGCAAAGUCACUUUUUGAUGAAAUAUCCAUGAAUCUGAGAGAAUGGAUAACAAAUGAUGAAUCAGUUAAUACAUUUAUACAACCAAAAGAUAGAGCUUAUCCUGGUAUAAUUAAGGUGCUUGGACAUAAUUGGAAUACUGAAACAGACACUCUCUCAAUCAAGCCAAUUAUUGUUACUGAAAAUACAAAACGAAAGGAAACAAAACGCAAUGUUCUUAAAUUGGUUGCAUCGGUUUUUGACCCGCUUGGUCUAUAUUCUCCGAUUGUGCUACAGGGAAAGAUCCUUAUCCAGACAUUAUGGAGUAAAGGAUUACGUUGGGAUGACGAAAUAGAUGACAAAGAAAGCUCUGAAUGGAAAUCAAUUAGGGAUGACUUGGUAGAAAUAAGUCAUUGUAUGUUACAACGUUGUGUAACGUUAGAUCACAAAAAUGAAGAACAUAUUGAAAAUACACUUGCAUGCUUCUGUGAUGCUUCGGCAAAGGCAUACUCAUGUUCAAUUUAUCUUCAUCAAGAAUCUAACUCUAAAAUCAAAACCGAGCUUAUUUUUUCAAAGGCAAGACUCGCUCCAGUAAAACCACUCACUAUACCAAAAUUAGAAAUCAUGGCUGUUGUUAUUGGAAUUCGUUCUUUACGCUUUGUGAAUGAUCAACUCAGAUUGAACAUCAAUAAAAGAUUCUUGUGGACCGAUUCACAAUGUGUUUUGCAGUGGAUAAAUUCAAAGAAAGAUCAACCAGUUUUCAUAAAAAAUAGAGUGCAUGAAAUCAAUAAAUAUGAAGAUGUCUCUAUUGGAUAUGUUCCAACUUACGAGAACCCAGCUGAUAUAGCAUCACGAGGUUCAAGUACUACCAAUCUAAAGAAUAAUAAUAUGUGGUGGCAUGGACCUAAUUGGUUAUCCUUGCCAAAGUCAGAUUGGCCAACUUAUGACAUUAACAAGAAUUGUUCAGAUGAAUUAUCAGUUGCCGUUGUUCCCUUUAAAGUAAACACAUCCGAAAAUGAUACAAUCACGAAUGUAUGUGUCAAUUCGGAUCUUGCACCUUAUGGUAUGAACAUUGAUAAUUAUUCGUCCAUGACGAAACUACUAAGGGUGACAGCAUAUGUUACAAGAUUUCUCAUAAAUGUUCGAAAAGGAUCAAACAUAUUAUCAGGUUUUCUCACUAGUGACGAAUUACUAAAUUCAGAAACUCUAUGGCUAAAACAUAUACAAAAGAAACAUUUUGCCGAAACCCUUAAUGCAUUGAAGACACAUAAAAGGGAUAACUUGCAACAUCAACUUGGAUUAUUCAUAGAUAAAAUUGGACUUAUCAGAUGUAAAGGGCGCAUUGAACUUUCAGACCUCACAUUUGGAGCAAAAUAUCCAGUAUUAGUUCCAAAAAAUGAAGCUUUUACGAAAUUGUUGAUACAGAAGACACAUGCUGAAAUUUUGCAUAGCGGUGUGUCUCAAACAUUGAGUAAAUUACGUUGCAACUAUUGGCUUGUUCGAGGUCGUGCAACUGUUAAGUCAGUUCUUAAAAAAUGUUACACGUGUCGACGUGUUGAAGGAGGGCCUUAUAAAAUGCCCGAUAUGCCACCUUUACCAAAAUUAAGAGUAUCGGAAUCAACACCAUUCUUUAGAACUGGUCUUGAUUACCUUGGUCCAUUGUUCAUAAAAACUGAAAAGGACCCUAAGAAGGUUUGGAUAUGUUUAUUCACUUGUUUAGUGACAAGAGCCGUUCAUUUAGAAAUGGUUGAAGAUAUGACAACUGAAGAAUUUCUAUUGGCAUUUAGAAGAUUUAUUGCUCAGAGAGGAACACCAGAAAUGGUGAUAAGCGAUAAUGCAUUGCAAUUCAAAGCGGCAAACAAAACUUUAGAGAAUGUUUUGAAAAAUGUUUUGAUAUCUGAAGAUGUUCAAAACUACGCAUCAAAUGCCAAAAUAAAGUGGAAAUUUAUAGUCGAACUAUCACCUUGGAUGGGAGGCUAUUAUGAAAGAUUAGUAGGACUUGUAAAGCGAACACUUCGUAAAACAAUUGGUCGCACAUUACUUACAAGUGUUAAACUUCAAACAUUGUUAAAAGAAACAGAGUCUGUUAUUAAUUCUCGGCCUCUCGUUUAUGUAGAGGAAGAUAUAGACUCUUGUAUAACAAUUACACCUGGACAUUUCUUAUCAUUGAAAUGGAAUAUAAGUCUUCCUGAAUUGCAGAAAAAUGACGAAAGUGAUUCUGAGUAUUUUCCUUUCAAAAGCUCUGAAGCUGAUAUUCUAAAAUUGUGGAGAAAAGGUCAUAAACUUCUUGAUUCAUUUUGGAAAUUAUGGCGUAAUGACUACCUUUUAAGUCUAAGGGAAAGAACUCAGUCAAAACUAAAAUGUGGUAGAAUACAAUCAGCAACAACACCAUUUGUUGGUGACGUAGUACAUAUAAAAGAAGAUUUACCACGCAAUUGUUGGAAACUUGGGAAAAUUGUCGAAUUGCCAACUAGUUUCGACGGAGAAAUAAGGUCCGCAAAAAUCAGAUUGUCGUCUGGUCGGGUUAUAGGGAGACCGUUAAACUUACUAUAUCCGUUAGAAACUUCAGAGAAUAGAAUUAUAUCUGAACCGAGUGAAAUAAAACACAAUACAGAGUAUAAUUCUACACAAAAAAUAGAAAGAAACGCUGCGACUAAAGCAAAACUUAAGAUUAAAGAAAUAAUUAAAGCUUCACAAUAA